GCGUGUCCCUGUUCCCAUUUCAGGUGUCCUAGUUCCCAUUCCAGGGUUCCCCACCAUAACCCAUCCCGAUAUUCCCAUUGCAGGGGGUCCCAGGGUUCCCCACCAUAACCCACCCCAAUAUUCCCACUCCAGGCGUGUCCCAGUUCCCAUUUCAGGGGGUCCCUAUUCCCAUUCCAGGGGGUCCCAGUUCCCAUCCCAGGGGAUCCCUACCCUGACCCACCCCGAUAUUCCCAUUCCAGGCGUGUCCCUGUUCUCGCUGAGCGCUCUCCUGCUCCCGGAACACUUCACCUAUUACGUGGCGCAGCUGAGGGAGCUGAGCCUCAGCCCCGGCCUCAUCUUCUCGGCCAAGUUCGCCCUGGCCUUUCCCCUGUCCUACCACACCUGGAACGGGAUCCGGCACCUGGCCUGGGACCUGGGCAAGGGGCUGCGGCUGCCGCAGGUGACCCAGUCAGGUGUCCUGGUGCUGGCCCUGACCCUGCUGUCCUCCGCCGCCCUGGCCUCCCUGUGACCAGCAAUUCCGGGAAUUAAUCCGGGAAUUUUUGGGAUUCCGGCAAUUUUCAGGAUUCCGUGAAUUUUUGGGAUUCUGGUAAUUUUCGGGAUUCCGGUAAUUUCGGUAAUUCCUCUCCAUCCCCUCACAUUUCAGGGAAGGUUCCUCUUCCCCCUUAAAAUUUGGGAUGAGCAGAGCUGCCCCUCCCACCCCACYCCCUCCCYGUGUCCCCRCGUGUCCCCAAGAGGGGACAAUACGGGAUUUGUGUCCCCGCGAGUGGGAUCGGCACCGCGUGUGUGGGAUCGCAGCGGGACAACGAGCUCCAUUGAGCCCGGAGAGCCACGGGGGUGGGUGACAGGUGACAUCGCGCUGCCACCCCGCUGCCACCCCGCUGCCACCGCUUGGGAUCCCUCGGGAAUUCCGUGAUUUGAUUUUGGGGGAAAAUUUUCGAUUUUUGGGGAAAACUUGCUGGGUUUUUCGGGGUUUUUUUGGGGGUUUUUUUGUCAGAAAGGGAUUUUUCUGUGUGUUGUCACCUGUCCCUUGUGGAAUAAAGCAGCUUUGAUCAUCCCACCCCUGC